AUGGUCGGAAAGAGCGAGGUGAAGAGUAGUCGCAUUUUCCACCAAUGUUAUUUGAAGUGUUGCAAGUUGCAAAAUUUAACCCCGCUCACGAAUGUUUUACCAACGGGUAACGGGAAAGUCCUAGACUUUUGUGUGGACAGGAUCAAAUAUGCAGAUUGGCCGCCGAUAUUGAACGCGCUUAGUUGCGACUUGAGUCUACACAGUGUGGCUAUAAAAUGUCGUCAACAAGUAAAAACGGUACUGGAACAGAUAGAUUGCGAAAGAUUAGCUAAAACGGUGAACAAGCGGGCAGUGAUCUUGACUAACUUCAUGCUGAGCAAUCUAGUAGAGGCGACGUCACAACUUCUAUCAAACACGACGCUACUGACGUCAUUUCUACUCGAGGGUCUCCCUUUGAAAAUACCAUAUUUAAAUCCUAUUUGCGAGGCGUUACUAGCAAACAAUACACUCCAGCAUCUUUAUCUUCCCCGAUGUCUGAUCGGAGACGCAGGCUGCCUGGCCAUAUGUAAGGCGAUUCGAAGUUUGCCAAACGUUCUCACACUGGACCUUAGCGGCUGUGAUCUCACGCCACUGGCUGCUGGAUAUAUUGCUGAUUUAGUUAAGUACCAAAAAAUCCACCGCUAUAGUGAGAAUUGGGUUCACACUUUGCGGUAUCGUUUACCUGAACUCGAUACGAUGGCUGGAUUACGACGGAUCACGGUAAACGGAAAUCCUCUUGGAGAUCAGGGUGUAGGGAAACUAUUGGAUGUGUUAGCUGAUGACCUUUGGAUUAAAGCUUUUGAUGUCCAAAACUGUGGUCUAUCAGACGACUGUGCAUCUAUGGCGUUACAAACUAUGAGUUCUAAUACAACCCUCGUGGUAUUGGACAUGAGGCAUAACGCUAUCGCUAGUGAGUUCCUCUCAAAGAUACGAGCUGCUUUGAGAGAAAAUGAAAGAGGCGCUGGAGGAGUGGUUCGUAGCAUGCACACCGAAGAUGAGCAAAUCACUAUGGAAACUGAGUUGGCGUAUCAUCAGACAAUUGCACGGGUUUUUAUAUUCCGCCCAUGA